CCAUGAUUGCGGUUUAGUUGGCCACGCGCUUGCGAGACGAAGCGCGUAGGAUGGAGUUGAUGACGGGAACCGUGAGGGGAUCCGUCAAGAAGUAGGUAGGUAUCGAAAAGGGUCGAGUGAUGGAUGAGUCCGGACCCGAAAGCUGAAGCAGGCGGGUUGGUGGGAGGCGGAGUGGAAGUUUCGCAACCUUGGGUCAACUCGGUGCGUGGUUGUUGCGGGCGGCGGGAAGCGAAAAAUUGCAGCGACAGGGUUGGUGGGCCUUCUUUUUUUUUUUCUCCCACCACCAGCUGAGAACCGCUGAGAGGCCAAGUGAAUCGGCCGCUUCUAUUAUAGGCUAGACCACAUAAGGUUAGACCCACACCCAGGGGAAGCUUUGGCACAUCUGCAGUGGGGAAGCUUUCACAGCUAUUAGAUAGCUAGUAUCUAUCCAUACUUUACAUAAACUUGUGCUGAAUGAUCGACUUGAACUACUGCACACUGUGGUUUGAGUACACCACACAAGUGAAUACCAACCCACUGAAGAAAAGUUUAUUUGGUUAGCCGUCUGAGCGCAGACCCCGAGAGUCAAAAAUGAAGCGCAUCGCUCUUUCAGAGGUCGACGAAUCGAAAACAAACCCCAGUUCAUCCUCACCAGAACAAAUGCCACCGAGGGACCAGAUGCCGUCAAAAGAGCAAAGACAACUCCUCCCGCAAGAGGUGAUGGAUAUUGUAGUCCCUUCCCUCAAAGUGGGCGGCUCGGCUGGUGCCUGUGGCUUGUUUAUGGGAGGAGCAGCUGGUAUCCUUCGUGGUGCACCACCGGUAUUUUUCUCGUUGAUUGCUGGUGGUCAAUGGUUCGCCCUAGGUUCAAGCUACUGGGCUGCUCGGUUGGUGGCCUUUAAUGCUCUGGGAGGAGAGGACAAGAUUACUCCCGGAGACAAGCUCAAAGGAAGUACUUUUGCUGGUGCAGUCUCUGGUGUUGUCGGAGGAUCUAUUCGAGGGCCGCGAAAUAUUAUUCCUGGAGCCAUCGUAUGUUCCCUGCUGGGAGCUGGAGGGCAAGCCUUUGCCAAUAGAAGGGAGGCCAAGCAAAAAGAAGCGGAAAAGGAUCCUUCAAAGAACAAGCGGUUCUGGCACUCGAGUUGGAGUCCCAUUACAGCACUUUCAGAUCAAGAUUAUGUGAAUCUGUUGGAGGAGAAACUUCUCCGAGUAGAGGCUGACAUUGCCCUCAUCGACGACCGCAUCAGAGAGCUUCGGGAAGCCGACAGCAAGAAGAUGGGGAAUACACCACCGCCAACUGAACAGGUUCCUUUGGUACAGGAAGUCAAGGAGGCUACGGAUAAUACACCGAUUCAGGCGGACAAAAAGGGUCAGAGUCAGUCUUGGUGGAGAUGGUAAUCUUAAGCGAUCGAUAGAACCCCAUCCCCGUUUCUUCUGGUGCAAAAGCUGGCCGAGAGCGCGAAACCUCCGAGGCAACGAAAGCCCGGAUCGUAUGGAAAGCUCAUGAUGACACCUAUCCAAGCAAUUGAACGACUGGCGCUUGAAUCUUGGAUGGGUUGAACCUGUGCGUCACAGACUGGCUGGAGAGGAGAGCCGUGCGGCGGUGAACGAAAUGUAAAUACGUGUAUAUAAUAUCUAUAUAUUUUGCCAGCUAUAAUCAGAUUAUCAGAUGGCAGCGAGACUACUCUGUGUUCGGAUAAAGACGGCCAACUGUAACCUCACGACUCAGUUGUC